UCUAAAAACCAGUCGUGAGGAGUCCGGCAAGAGACUAAAACGAGGGUCACAGCACACACCCACAGAGCAUGCACUCGCCCCACGCCCUGCCUGGACCUCCUCUGCUCUUCCCCCUGCCUUCCUCCCGCAGGCAAACUUCCUUCUCCCAGCUCUCUGGCCUCCUCCCCCAUCCCUGCCAUUCCCCAAUCCCCCCUCUUGGUGCUCCCCACCCGGAAACCACACGAUUGAUGAAGCUGCUAGGCUAGCGUGCCAGCAAAGUAUCCCCUGGGGCUGGAACAGAAAAGGGCCACUGGCUAGUGUUCCCCAACCCUCCCUCGCCCUAAAUCCACCCAGGCCAGCUUCUUCGGCUGAGAAAAGGGGCCAUUCAUCGGGCUGGUUUUCCAUGAAUAAACCAUUAGCUGCCAGGAAUGCCCUGCGCCUGUCUCCCAGGCCAAGUGAGCCGAGGAAAGCGGGGAGCCACUGAAGAUUUUAGGCAAGGGGGUGACCCGGCCAGAUCUGUGCUUUGGAAGAGUUUCUGUGGCUGCCGUGAGAAUGACUGGAGGAGCCAAAAGAUGGGGCAGGGGACCUCAGGGAGCCCAAGGAAGCUGUACAGUCUUCUAGAGGGCAGCCACUGGGUUCUCGGUCAAAGGCACUGACAGUGGGGACAGGGAGACAUCAGUCAGAUCAGAUCAUUGGUCUGGCGGCAUUCUGUCAAAGUUGUAAAACAGAACAAAACAAAAGCAGUGCGCGGUUGUCAAAAUGCGUACCACAGCAGAUUAUAAAAUGGGUUUUAGCGGCAGAAUCCGGCCCCCGGGUCUAAGUCGCUUUGCAACUUCGAGCAAAUUUCAGAUCCUCGGUUCGACCAUCUGUAAAAUGGGGACCUUAGUACCUCCUUGCACCCAGCUGCUCAGGCAAUGCAGGCGGUGCGCUUACUAACCCAUGACUAACCUGUGGUUCAACUGUCCUUGUAAUUAAGUCAUAGUACAAGGGCAAUGGCAGCAUUUCACAUUGGAACUAUUAAAACAGAGUAUUUCUUGGUGACACCUUCAGAGUGGCCCUCAGGAGCAGCCAAGUUAAAGAGUAAUGAUGCACCUGUUGUUAGACAACAACGGUGGGAGCUCUUGAUCAUAGCAAGAUACUCUUUAGAAGACAGUACUGGCUUGAAUGGACAGACGGAUGGAUGGAUGGAUGGAUGGAUGGAUAAACGAGGUACCAGGGUGUCCAUGAUCGUAGCAAGGGCUGGAAAUGACGAGGAGUGAGCUGGGCAGUUAACUCCCGGGAAUACAGAGUGAAGGGUGGGCAUCUGAGGGAAGGAAGAGCCCCGGUCUACGCAAAGUGUGUGGGGGGCGGAGAGUGGGGGACGACACAAGCAGCCGCUGGAAGCUGGGCUCUAGGCUGUGAUGCGAUUUGCUGUGGUUUGGAGCCAUCUGGUGGCCCUCAUCGGGGAGUGGCACUGGAGGGCAGCAGCCCAGGGGCAGGCAGCCCCAGCUCCCAGAUGUGCCACCUCCCCCCCACCCCCUUCCCCAGACCACUCGCGGCAGAGGUACAGGCCCCUCGGAGGACGAUAUUCUAGGCGCGUGCAGAGUCUUGCGUGUGUGAUAGAAACACUCAGGGCAACCAAUUUUCUCCCUCCGCCACUUUCCUCCUUCCUACCCUCCCCCCUUCCUUCGAAGAAACAUUCAAAGAAAGCAAAACGUGCCCGGUUCCUCAUUCCCGAAAGACACUUUCAGCCACGGGAAGCCCUCACUGGCCACUUCUUUGGUUCUCUCCAGAUCUGCAAGGUGGUGACCAGUUCCGUGUCCUCCAAGCUGCAACGGUAUUUAGAGACGCUGCCAGUGACAACUCGAAUAGAUCGUGUCGCUGGGAUCGAUUACUCACUGGUGGCACCUCCAACAGCCACGACUGACAGCCUGGAUGGGCAGCUGAAGGGGGAGUUUUUCAGGUGGGCCCACCCCAGUCCCCCUCCCUUUGCCCCUCCGCCACUGGCCUUUCCCAGCGACCACGACCGCAUGGUGUACCUGGGCAUCUCCAACUACUUCUUCAACACAGCGGGAUUCGUGUACCAACAGGCCGGGGUCCUGAACCUGACCGUCACGGACAACGUGAUACCAAAGGAAUCCAAAUUCCGACUGACAACCGAUGUUUUUGGAAUCCUCAUACCCCAGGUGGCCAAGAUGUUCCCCAACAUGAAGGUGCAGCUCGUCUUCUGGGCCUCCUCCCCGCCACACCUCACCGUGCACCCCGAAGGCCUUGUCCUCACCCCUACCCUGGAUGCCCAGGCCUUUGCUGUCCUCCCGAACUCCUCCUUGGCCCCCCUGUUCGUGCUUCGCCUGAGCAUGAACAUUUCUGUGACGGUCGGAGCCACGCCUGACAGGCUUGUGGGACAGCUCAGUUUGAACAGGCUGCUCCUAGAACUGAAGCACUCAGACAUCGGCCCCUUCUCGGUUGAAGUGCUGCAGGCUGUCAUGAACUAUGUUGUACCCAUUGCUGUGAUUCCCAAGGUUAACGAGCGGCUGCAAGAAGGCGUCCCUCUCCCGAUGCCCAGCAACGUCCAGCUCUUCAAUCUGGUGCUUCAGUCUCACCAGAAUUUCCUGCUCUUCGGUGCAGAUGUUCGCUACGGCUGAAGUGGCCGUGGGCGCCAGGAGGGGAGAGGUUGUCCGCACCUGCUCCUGACGUGCCCGUGGGGCAGAGGCUGCCUUUCCCCAGCCCUUGCACCAGAGGCCCUUGCAAAUUUCUCGGAACUCAGAUUCGGAAAUGACCUCCAUACAGGAACUGUGCUCCUCGAGAAAGCGUGGGAUGUGUAUUUCAGGGAUUAUGAGCGUCCUGCGAGGUCUGAGUCCCCCCUCCCCGCCCCCCAAAAAGCACUGCUUUCUCUAUGGAA